AUGGCUUCCGACUUGCGCGUAUUCACUGGCGACAAUGUUCUGUUGUCCUCGUCGUCCGAACCGGGCCCUGCAACUAUCGAGGCAUCCGUAUCUACUGGGCGUAUCACAGCAAUACACCAUGAACGCCGGAGACAGGAUGCGUAUCCUGAAGGGACGGAGUACUUAGAUGCUGGAGAUCUAUAUGUCUUGCCUGGCUUGGUAGAUGCGCACGUGCAUCUCAAUGAACCUGGACGCACGGAUUGGGAAGGCUUUUGGACUGGUACGCGCGCGGCUGCGUCUGGAGGUGUCACGACGGUCGUCGAUAUGCCGCUCAACUCGAUCCCACCCACUACCACGGUCGCGAAUCUACAGGAGAAGCGCGCGGCCGCGAAGGGCCAGUGCUGGACCGAUGUCGCGUUUUGGGGAGGUGUGAUACCCGGCAAUCAGGACCAUCUUGCACCUCUUGUGAAGGAAGGUGUGAAAGGGUUCAAGUGCUUUAUGAUAGAGAGCGGCGUUGAUGAGUUUCCUUGCGUGUCAGAGGAGGAUCUAAUCCCUGCAAUGAAAGCACUGGAGCCUACAGGUUCCGUUCUUCUAUUCCAUGCCGAAUUUGACGAUCCUUCGCACAAACAUCCUCAGACGGCCUCUAAUUCUGAUCCAACACUCUACGAUACUUUCCUAGACUCGCGCCCACCCGGGAUGGAAGUCGAUGCGAUCUCGCGUAUCAUCGCCUUGCAAAAACAGUUCCCCUCCUUACGGUGUCACAUCGUACAUCUCUCCGCAGCAGCUGCACUCCCCAUUAUCCGCUCCGCGAAGGCCGCAGGCGCGAAGUUGACGGUCGAGACAUGCUUCCACUAUCUCUGCCUAGAAGCAUCCGCAAUCCCCGCCGGACGUCCCGAAUUCAAGUGCUGCCCGCCAAUCCGUGACGAGGCGAACCGCUCUGCGCUUUGGGACGCACUCGCGGAUGGGACGAUUGACUGUGUUGUGAGCGACCACAGUCCUUGUGUCGCCGAACUGAAGAAGCUCGACGAUGGCGAUAUCAUGAGCGCAUGGGGUGGAAUCAGUACUCUGGGGCUAGGGUUAAGCUUGCUAUGGACGGAAGCGAGCAAGCGCGGUUUUAGUAUACGGAAAGUGCUUGGAUGGACGAGCGGCCGUACAGCAACGCAUGGCGGCGUAUCGGAGCGGAAGGGAAAGCUUGCGGUGGGCUAUGAUGCGGACCUCGUGGUUUGGGAUCCCAAGGCAGAGUUUACGGUCACAAGGGAGUCUUUGAACUUCAAGAACAAGUUGACACCGUACGAAGGUAGAACAUUGCGUGGACGUGUUGAGAGGACAAUCUUGCGUGGACAAGCUGUCUACAAUCGUGCAGAUGGAUUCGAUGGCCUAUCGCCUAUCGGAGAAUUGCUGUGA